AACCUUCUCAACCUUUCAUUCAUUGAAACUCUUUCACUUGUACUUUUCGCUCGAUAUACGCUGCAGAAUACUAAGUUACCACUAGCAAUGCAUGGUACCCUAGUUUAACUAUCUGCCCAGUCCAUGUUGGAUGCUCAACUGGCACUGAAAGACUCAACAAUCUCAACUAUACGCAAACUACAAUCUAUACGUAUACGCAAACUGCCAUCUAUACGCAAACUUUACGCAGGGACCCUAUUGCAACCACUUGAACCCCCAUCUCCUGGAAUGAAAUUCCCCUAGAGUUAAUCUUGUUAAUGUAAUUUUGUAAUUU